AUGUCCGGCAGAGGGCGCGUCCUUGAACACGUCCACGCUGCCUUCAGCCCACAGAAGCUGCUAGAAAACCUCCCCCUGGGCGCGCAGAGGCUGCACCGUCGGCAUCAGGACCGGAGGUGGGACGCAGGAUGGAGCAAUGAAGGGAGAGCCAUGAUGCUGCAGCGGGUUGUGGCCAAACCCCGGAGACAAGCUUUAAGGGGACCUGGUUACCUAUUUCAAGCUCAAUCCUGCUCUAGUCUUUCCAUGACAGAGGAACAUUUUUUAGAUGCCGCAGAAUAUGGCAAUGUCCCUGAAGUGAGGCGGAUGCUACAGGAGCUGCCAGACCUCAAUAUCAACUGUGUGAAUUAUAUGGACCAGAAUGCAUUGCAGCUAGCAGUUUCCAAUGAACAUUUGAAGGUCACUAAGCUCCUACUUAGAAUGAAAGACAUCGCUAGAAUAGGAGAUGCUUUGCUGUUAGCCAUUAGUAAAGGUUAUGUCCGUAUAGUCGAGGCCAUACUGAGCCAUCAGGCCUUUGCAGACGGUCAGAGGUUGAUAAACAGUCCCAGCCAAGUUGACACACAUGAUGAUUUCUUUGCUUAUGAUGAGGAUGGCACACUUUUCUCUCACGACAUCACUCCCAUUAUUCUGGCCUCCCAGUGCCAUGAAUAUGAAAUAGUGCAUAUACUUCUUACGAAAGGGGCCCAUAUAGAGCGUCCUCAUGAUUACUUCUGCCCGUGCAGGAACUGCAGUGAGCAGCAGAGGCAUGACUCUUUUAGCCAUUCACAGUCUCGCAUCAAUGCAUAUAAAGGUCUGGCCAGUCCAGCAUAUCUGUCCCUCUCCAAUGAAGACCCUGUGAUGGCAGCUCUGGAGCUGAGCAAUGAGCUUGCAGUUUUGGCCAACAUUGAGAAGGAGUUCAAGAAUGAUUACAAGAAUAUGUCCAUGCAGUGUAAAGACUUUGUGGUUGGGCUCCUGGAUUUGUGCCAAAACACAGAGGAAGUGGAAGCCAUCUUAAACGGGGACACCGAAUCAUGUAAAAGCUCUGAAACCUUUGGGAGACAAAACCUUAUCAGGUUGAAACUUGCCAUAAAAUAUGAAGUUAAAAAGUUUGUGGCACAUCCAAACUGUCAGCAGCAACUCCUCUCCAUCUGGUACGAGAACUUGUCUGGACUGCGUCAGCAAACCACAACUGUUAAAAUCCUUCUUGUUCUUGGUGUAGCUGUUGGUUUGCCUAUUCUAGCCUUUAUGUACUGGAUAGCACCAUCAAGUAAGUUAGGGAAACUCAUGCGUGGACCUUUCCUGAAGUUCGUGGCCCAUGCAGCUUCCUUCAUGAUAUUUCUUUGCCUAUUGGUCCUGAACGCAGCUGACCGGUUUGAGGGGCCGUCAGUGCUGCCAAACAUGACCACCCAUGAUCACCCUUCGCAACUGUUCCGUAUGACGACUACCCCCUUCACCUGGAUGGAGAUUCUUAUCAUAUCCUGGGUCAUAGGGAAAAUUUGGGAAGAAUGUAGAGACAUUUGGUCGCAGGACAUCCGGGAAUACAUCUCAGAACCGUGGAACCUUCUUGACUUUAGUAUUUUAGCCAUUUUUAUGACCUCCUUCAUGGCCAGAUUAAUGGCUUUCUGGCAUGCAUACUCUGCCCAGUGUUAUGUUGACAAGCACUACACUGACCUGUCCAACUUGACUUUGCCCUUUGAGAUACAGUAUUUCCAGCUGGCUCGAAUAGACUGGAUUCCCUCAGAUCCGCAACUUAUAUCUGAAGGCCUCUAUGCAGUUGCAGUUGUGCUGAGUUUCUCUCGUAUUGCAUACAUCCUGCCUGCCAAUGAGAGCUUUGGCCCUUUGCAGAUUUCCCUGGGAAGGACAGUGAAGGAUAUCUUUAAGUUCAUGGUGAUUUUCAUAACAGUUUUUGUGGCAUUCAUGGUGGGAAUGUUCAAUCUGUAUUCAUACUACCUCGGGGCCAAGCACAACGAUGCCUUUACAACGAUUGAAGAAAGUUUUAAGACAUUAUUUUGGGCCAUCUUUGGCUUGUCGGAAGUGAAAUCAGUGGUCCUUAAUAUCGACCAUAAGUUCAUUGAGAAUAUUGGCUAUGUUUUGUACGGGGUGUACAACAUCAUCAUGGUGAUUGUCUUGCUGAAUAUGCUCAUUGCCAUGUUUAACAGCUCCUUUCAAGAAAUUGAGGAUGAUUCCGAUGUGGAGUGGAAGUUUGCCAGAGCAAAACUCUGGUUCUCAUAUUUUGAGUAUGGUGGCACGCUGCCUGUGCCCUUCAACCUUGUACCCAGCCCGAAGUCUGUCGUUUCCCUCUUGCGCGGAAUAAGGGAAUUUCUUUGGGAUUUACCUCGGGGCAAAAUCAAAGAAAAUUCAAAGGAUGAGGUGGAACUUAACAAUUUGAGGCAACAGGAAGAUUUGACUGUGGAAGCAUCGCUUUGUCCCACCCGUCACAAAAAGAUAAUGAAUCGUCUCAUCAAAAGAUACAUCUUAAAAGCGCAGAGAGAUAAAGACAAUGAUGAAGUGAAUGAAGGUGAACUGAAAGAGAUCAAACAGGACAUCUCCAGUCUCCGCUAUGAGCUGCUGGAAAUGGGGAACCACGAGAUGGAGACCCUGGCAGAGCUCAUCAGGCAGCUGGAUGAAGUCAUGCAUGUUCAGGAGAAACAAAGCUUAGAAGAGUGA